AUGGACGAGAAGGCGGAGAUGGAGAGCAAGCUGUCCUCAGCGGCGGCGUUCGUGGAGGGGGGCGUGCAGGACGCCUGCGACGACGCCUGCAGCAUCUGCCUCGACGCCUUCUGCGACAGCAACCCCUCCACGAUGACCAAUUGCAGGCAUGACUACCAUCUCCAGUGCAUUCUUGAAUGCCAAGAGCUACUAGAGGCUGUUGAACAAGAGAGGAACAUCCGAGCUAAUCGUUCACAUAAUACUGCUGUUUUCCACCAUCCAAUGCUGGGUGAUUUUGAGAUUCCUGUAGGUGCAGAUGAUGCAGAACUUGAAGAACGCAUUAUUCAGCACUUGGCUGCUGCAGCUGCAGUGCGUAGGUCACACCGUCAUCAUAGAAGAGAUGGGCACCAGAGCAGAUCAGGAGCAAGUAGCCACCCACAAUUUCUGGUGCUUUCAGAAGACGAGGGCACAACCUCAGGUCAAGAAGGGGAUUACGAACAAGCCCCUGUUGUAGUUUCUGGUCACCCUUUACGUACUCUUGUUGAACAAGAAUGCACUCGAGGGUUAGUGGAUGCUUCCAGUCCAUCUCUCCGCUUUUCGACUCCUGCUGAUAGUGCUCGUAGAUCAAACAAUAGGAUUUCUGGGAUUCAAUCUACACCUGUGGAUCAAGAUGGAGCAGGACCGUCCGAUUUACAAUCAAUCUCUGACAAUUUGAGAUCUCGUCUGCAGUCAGCUUCAAUGAGGUACAAGGAUUCCAUAACCAAGAGUGCAAGUGGAUGGAGGGAGAGGUGGUUUUCUCGGAGUAACUCUUUAUCGGAUCUUGGUUCUGAGGUGAGGAGGGAGGUCAACGCGGGGAUUGCUGCAGUGUCUCGCAUGAUGGAACGGCAUGAUGCAAGAGACGGGACGGGGCCUUCUGCUACCUCCGCAUCAGGAUCUGGUUCUCAGUGA